GGCGCAGCCGGCGGAUUCUUGGUUGGGAAUGGCGAGGAUGAGCAGAAUCGCGUAAGAUAGACCGUGUGGAAUAUUGGAAUCACACAAUUUGGUUCUCCAGUUGCCUAUUUGCGUGCUUCGUACGGUCUAUCCCACGCUAAUCUGCAGAUUCCCUCUAAUAUCUCACACGCUCGAAGGGUAGAGGGCUGCCGCACUUGGCUGUACUUUUUAACAUCAUACAAGAAGUAAGCAUUUUCUUCCCCCAACAGAAAAUAAACUCUUUUUUAUAUUUGUUCUCCUGAAUUUGUUUGUUUACUUUGGCCUCUGCAGUCCUGUUCUGGUCAAACUGUACGUAAUUUUACGUUUAAAUAUUUGAAAAUCAAAGCACUUGUAAAAGAAUGGAUGAUGAGACCAGCAGCAGGUUAACAGGGAGUGUUCCCCAGCAGGAUUUAAAGCCUUCUUACUGGCUGGAUGCCUGCGAGGACAUCUCCUGCGAUGAUCUAAUUCCUGGUGAAUUCAUCCAUUUGGGUUCCGCUGCCAUUCAAGAAGGUGGUCCCUCAAAUCUGCAAGAUGACAGCUUGGAUCCUUGUUUCUUUGAUGGUGUUCUUGAUAGCAUCCCACAAAACGCUAACAUCGUUGAUGCUCCACUCACAAUAUCAUCUGCCAUAAAAGCUGAAGAUACUCUUCUUUCACUACUAGAUGCUUCUACCAGUGAUACUGGGAACAGUGUCAAGAGAGGUAGCAGACCUUGUAGCAGUGAGCCCAACAAGCAUCAUGAGACUGAAGUUGGGAACAAGAUAUUGGAUCAUAAUGCGUUUCACAAGGUUCAGGGAUGUUUUGAUAACCAAGAAAGAUUCGGAAAAAGGCCUCGCAUUGAUAGUCUCUCUUCCUGUAGCAGGAAUCUCAAGGAAAGACCUUGUAGGAAGAGGGCUCGUGAUCACGAAGAGAAAGAUAGGAGGGAUAGAAAUUCAAUCAGGAGAAAAGAACAGCAUUUUAAUGGUAGAAGAGGAAAUAGGGAUAUGGAUUGGAGGGAAGGAAGGGGUUAUUGGGAGAGGGACCGACUGGGCACCAACGAUAUGGUUUUCCGUCCAGGUUCUUGGGAAGCUGGCUGUAACAAAGACAUCAAGGCUCCUGUUGAGAAAAAUACUGACUGUAACCAAGGAGAGUUAAAAAAAGAUGAUGAUUCCAAGAAAAAAAUGCCAAAGGAGCAUGCGCGUAAGUAUCAGUUGGAUGUUCUUGAACAAGCUAGAAACAAAAACACCAUAGCCUUUUUAGAAACAGGAGCAGGGAAGACACUCAUUGCCGUCCUUCUUAUAAAAAGUGUGUGCAUUGAUUUGCAUAGACAAGGCAAGAAAAUGCUGGCUGUAUUUUUGGUUCCAAAGGUGCCACUUGUUUAUCAGCAAGCAGAAGUUAUUCGUGAGCAGACUGGCUACCAAGUAGGUCACUAUUGUGGCGAGAUGGGUCAAGACUUUUGGGAUGCUAGGAGGUGGCAACGUGAAUUCGAGAAGAAACAGGUUCUAGUGAUGACCGCUCAAAUUCUUUUAAAUAUCCUCAGACACAGCAUAAUAAAAAUGGAAGCAAUAAAUCUGCUAAUUCUAGAUGAGUGUCAUCAUGCUGUCAAGAAGCAUCCUUACUCUUUGGUGAUGUCAGAGUUCUAUCACACAACCACCAAGGAGAAAAGGCCAUCAGUUUUUGGAAUGACUGCCUCUCCUGUUAACCUAAAGGGUGUCUCUAGCCAAAUGGAUUGUGCUAUCAAGAUACGUAAUCUUGAAACAAAACUAGACUCUGUUGUUUGUACCAUUAAAGAUCGUAAAGAGCUUGAAAAACAUGUUCCAAUGCCGAUAGAAACUGUGGUGGAGUAUGAUAAAGCAGCUAGUUUAUGGUCACUACAUGAGCAGAUUAAGCAAAUGGAAUUGGCAGUUGAGCAAGCUGCACAAUCAAGUUCCAGAAGAAGCAAGUGGCAAUUUAUGGGAGCCAGAGAUGCUGGGGCUAAGGAGGAGCUCCGCCAAGUAUAUGGUGUCUCUGAAAGAACAGAAGGCGAUGGGGCUGCGAAUUUAAUUCAAAAACUGAGAGCUAUUAACUAUGCACUUGGUGAAUUAGGACAGUGGUGUGCUUAUAAGGUUGCACAGUCAUUUUUGACAGCCUUGCAAAGUGAUGAAAGGGCAAACUUCCAGCUUGAUAUAAAGUUUCAAGAAUCCUAUCUGAGCAAAGUCGUUUCGCUAUUGCAAUGCCAGCUAUCUGAGGGAGCAGUUCUACAAAAUAACGUGAAGAACAUGGGUGAAGUUGAUGAGAUGGGUUGUGAACCGACCUGCCUUGAUGAGAUUGAGGAAGGGGAGCUUCCAGACAGCCAUGCUGUCUCUGGGGGUGAGCAUGUGGAUGUGGUUAUAGGAGCUGCUGUGGCUGACGGAAAAGUGACACCAAAGGUCCAGUCCCUGAUCCAGAUACUUCUCAAGUAUCAGCACACAGAGGAUUUUCGUGCUAUCAUAUUUGUUGAACGAGUUGUGGCUGCCCUUGUUCUUCCAAAGGUUUUUGUGGAGCUUCCCUCUCUAAAUUUUAUUAAUUCAGCCAGUCUGAUUGGGCACAAUAAUAGUCAAGAAAUGCGGACUUCCCAAAUGCAGGAUACUAUUUCCAAAUUCCGAGACGGCCGUGUGACACUUUUAGUUGCCACCAGCGUUGCUGAGGAAGGUCUUGAUAUUCGCCAAUGUAAUGUUGUUAUUCGCUUUGACCUUGCUAAAACUGUAUUGGCUUAUAUCCAGUCUCGGGGCCGGGCCAGAAAGCCAGGGUCAGAUUAUAUCUUGAUGAUUGAAAGAGGAAAUUUGUCACAUGAGGCAUUUCUAAGAAAUGCUAGAAAUAGUGAAGAAACCUUGCGGAAAGAAGCCAUUGAAAGAACUGACCUUAGUCAUCUUACGGGUACCUCGAAAUUGAUUUCCACAGAGCCAACUCAUGGGACGGUCUACCAGGUGGAGUCAACUGGCGCUGUUGUGAGCUUAAAUUCUGCCGUCGGACUUAUUCAUUUCUACUGCUCUCAACUACCUAGUGACAGAUAUUCAAUACUUCGUCCGGAGUUCAUUAUGGAGCGUCAUGAGAAGCCAGGAGGCCCAACCGAGUAUUCAUGCAGACUUCAACUUCCCUGUAAUGCACCAUUUGAAAGGCUUGAGGGUCCUAUAUGCAGUUCAAUGCGUAUCGCACAACAGGCUGUUUGUUUAGCUGCUUGCAAGAAGCUUCAUGAAAUGGGGGCAUUUACUGACAUGCUCUUGCCAGACAAGGGAAGUGGGGGAGAAGGCGAGAAAGCCGACGAAAAUGAUGAAGGAGAUCCACUUCCUGGAACUGCUAGGCAUAGGGAAUUCUACCCUGAAGGUGUAGCUAAGAUCCUUCAGGGAGAUUGGAUUUUAUCUGGCAGAGAUGAAUGUGAUAACUCCAACUUUUUUCCUCUCUAUAUGUAUGUUGUGAAGUGUCUUAAUGUCGGGUCCUCAAAAGAUCCAUUUUUGACUCAAGUUUCAGAGUUUGCAGUUCUUUUGGGCAAUGAACUGGAUGCAGAGGUGUUAUCGAUGUCAACGGAGCUGUUUAUCGCACGAACAAUGACAACAAAGGCAUCUCUUGUCUUUCGGGGGUGUAUUGAAGUUACUAAAAGUCAGUUGGAUUUGUUGAAGAGUUUUCAUGUAAGAUUAAUGAGCAUUGUACUGGAUGUGGAUGUCGAGCCAUCCACUACUCCCUGGGAUCCAGCCAAAGCAUAUUUGUUUGUGCCUGUUACCAAUAAGCAGCUAGACCCUAUAAAAGAAAUUGAUUGGGAUAUUGUAGAGAAUAUUAUAGGAACACCUGCAUGGAACAACCCCCUUCAGAGAGCUCGGCCAGAUGUCUACCUUGGUACAAAUGAACGGACACUUGGUGGAGACCGCAGGGAAUAUGGAUAUGGCAAAUUACGUCAUGGCAUGGCAUUGGGACAGAAAACACAUCCUACUUAUGGUGUUAGAGGGGCUGUAGCACAAUUUGAUGUUGUCAAAGCAUCUGGAUUGGUUCCUGACCGAGAAGCUAAUGGAAUACCAUGCAAUGAGGACUUGACAAAAGGCAAACUGAUGAUGGCUGAUUCUUCUACUAAUGCAGAGGAUCUGGUUGGAAGGAUUGUUACUGCAGCUCAUUCUGGAAAGAGGUUUUAUGUUGAUUCUGUACGCUAUGAUAUGACAGCAGAGAACUCAUUUCCAAGGAAAGAAGGUUACCUUGGUCCACUUGAGUAUACUUCAUAUGCUGAUUACUACAAGCAGAAGUAUGGGGUAGAACUAAUCUAUAAGCAGCAACCCCUGAUAAGAGGCCGUGGGGUGUCUUAUUGCAAAAAUCUUCUGUCACCUCGGUUUGAACAUUCGGAAGGUCAUGAAGGCGAAUGCGAAGAGACUCCUGAUAAGACAUAUUAUGUGUUCCUUCCUCCUGAGCUAUGCUUUGUACAUCCUCUUCCUGGAUCAUUAGUUCGUGGCGCACAGAGAUUACCUUCAAUAAUGCGGAGAGUUGAAAGCAUGCUGCUUGCUGUUCAGCUUAAAAAUGUUAUCAAUUAUACUGUUCCUGCAUUUAAGAUUUUGGAAGCUUUGACUGCAGCUUCAUGCCAGGAAACUUUCUGCUAUGAAAGAGCAGAGCUGCUAGGAGAUGCCUACCUCAAAUGGGUUGUUAGUCGCUAUCUCUUCCUCAGAUAUCCCCAGAAGCAUGAAGGCCAGCUCACCAGGAUGAGACAGCAAAUGGUUAGCAACAUGGUAUUGUACCAGUAUGCACUUACCAAGGGACUUCAGUCGUAUAUCCAAGCAGAUCGAUUUGCUCCAUCUAGAUGGGCUGCUCCUGGGGUACUACCUGUUUUUGAUGAAGACAUUAAGGAAGCAGAAUUCUUAUUUGAUCAAGAUAGAGUACUCAUCGAGGCUGUAACAGGAAGAGAUGAAUAUGAAGACGAUGAUUUAGAGGAUGGUGAGCUUGAGGGUGAUUCAAGUUGUUACCGGGUCCUCUCCAGUAAGACACUGGCUGAUGUUGUUGAAGCAUUGAUUGGCGUUUACUAUGUUGAAGGUGGAAAACAAGCUGCCAAUCACUUCAUGAAAUGGAUUGGGAUUGAGGUGGAUUUUGAUCCCACAGAGAUAGGAUGCUCAACAAGGCGUAGCAACGUUCCAGAUAGCAUACUAAGGAGUGUCAACUUCGAUUCCUUAGAGGGUGCACUGAACAUCAAAUUCCAUGAUAAGGGUCUGCUGGUUGAAGCAAUUACUCAUGCUUCCAGGCCAUCUUCUGGAGUGUCUUGUUACCAGCGGUUAGAGUUUGUUGGUGAUGCUGUCCUGGAUCAUCUUAUUACAAAGCAUUUAUUUUUUAUGUACACAGAUCUGCCACCAGGACGCUUGACUGAUUUGCGAGCUGCUGCUGUCAAUAAUGAAAAUUUUGCACGUGUUGCUGUUAAACAUAACCUGCAUGUGCACCUGAGACAUGGUUCAAGUGCACUUGAAAAACAGAUACGAGAUUUUGUGAAGGAGGUGGAAGGUGAACUGUCAAAGCCAGGGUUCAACUCGUUUGGUCUGGGAGAUUGCAAAGCUCCAAAAGUCCUAGGUGACAUUAUUGAAUCUAUUGCUGGUGCUAUCUUUUUAGACAGUGAACGCGACACAGCAGUUGUAUGGAAGGUUUUCCAACCUCUAUUGCAUCCAAUGGUCACUCCAGAAACACUCCCAAUGCAUCCAGUGCGGGAGUUACAGGAACGUUGUCAGCAACAGGCUGAAGGACUGGAGUACAAGGCCACACGAAACGGUAACCUGGCUACGGUUGAAGUUUUCAUCGAUGGUGUCCAGGUUGGUGUUGCUCAAAAUCCCCAAAAGAAAAUGGCACAAAAGCUAGCUGCUCGCAAUGCUCUCGCUGCUCUGAAAAUGAAAGAGACCGCUGAAGCCAAGGAGAAGGCAGAUGAGGAUGGGAAGAAGAAGAAUGGCAGCCAAACAUUCACGAGGCAGACCUUGAAUGACAUUUGUUUGCGGAGAAAUUGGCCGAUGCCAUUGUACCGGUGUGUCAGUGAGGGUGGUCCUGCCCAUGCCAAACGGUUUAUAUUUGCCGUACGGGUGAAUACUUCUGAUAAAGGGUGGACAGACGAAUGCAUUGGAGAACCUAUGCCCAGUGUAAAGAAAGCUAAAGACUCUGCUGCAGUUCUGCUUUUGGAGCUUCUAAAUAGGUGGUAUGCAUGAUCAAUUGUUACAUUUUGGUUUCAGGGCCAAUAAUUGAUUCAUCAUAUCGGACGUAUUCAAUCGAACAUUCAUAUGUAGCCAACUUAGUCUAUAUGACUAAGUAGAUGAAUUAAAUGACUGCAUAUCUUUUAAUGACAAACGAUUGACUUUUGUAAAAUGCUCUAAAAAUAUCUGUCCUGGUUCAAAAAAUGCCAUGUACUUGUUGCAUCUUCAAGUAGCAA